UAGAAAAUAACAAUGAACAGAAGUCAUAGACCAAGAAGCUUUUCAAAGCAAUUCCUUUCUUACAAUGUCUUAUGGCAAACACACGGUAAAUGACAGACCAGGCCCCGAUGAACUCGGUCUGAGAUCCUGACCCUGGCCACGCAAUGCAGGGUUCUGGUCACACACAGCCGCUUGCAGGGUAACAGCCCAACUUACGACAAGACACACCAGAGAAAGUCAAAAGCAAUCGAGCAGGCGUAGUAAACAAUGUGAGGGAAUGAGGUGAUGGAACAGCAGAUAAGGUGACCGAAGGAUGCAUAGCCGAUGAAUGUGCACUGUAGAUGGGUCUGAGUCUUACAAGAUCAAAUACAUUUUGAGAUGCAAACAAAUGCACAAAAUACUCUGUGCGAUCCCCACAGUCCAUUAAUGAGCCAUUAGCAGUUGUCACCACCAGUGGCUUUGUGACACACAAGUAGGCCUUGAGGAGAAGGAGGCCUGGGGUGGCAGUUCUGAGGGCUAGUUGGGACAGGAACUCUCUGCACCGGGGAAGCAUGGGAGAAGUGGACAGACAGGCCGACAAGGUCGGCAUCGUCGGCAGAGUGGAAGCAGUAGGCUCAGACAAAAAGAAGCGCAGGCUGGACUCACACCUUGCUAAAUUCCGGCACCAGCCACAAGCCUUGGGGGAGCUGAAGGGAAUGAAACUGCUGGCUGCCUGCUUCAUGUACCUGCUGCUCAUCUGUCUGGCCCUGCCCAAAGCCGAAUGCCGACUCCACGAGCGAUCCAUGGAAAUCAGGAACCCUGAUAUCGACCCUUCCUGGUACACGGGGCGUGGGAUCAGACCCGUGGGACGGUUUGGCCGGAGGAGAGCUGUCGUGGAGAGCUCCCGGAAGUCGGGCUAUGGACACAGGCAAGCUUGCUUCCCUCUAGAAGAAAGUAGUGAAUCCCUUCAAGAUGAAUGAAAUGGCCAAGACAAAGAAUGAAUUUGAAUGAUGAUAAGAAAAGACCCUUCUCCUCUCU